AUGACGCACGAUGGUGCUAUAACAGUGUACUUCAGGCAGCGGACGAGGCUUGGUACUGUUGCUACUGGAGGCCGGACUGUGAAAUCAGAGGAUAUGCCGUUGGUCCGGCAAGUUACCCAAACACAGGCUGCGGCUCCACCAUCCGAGCUGUUGGAGGCUGGCCAUGCCAAGAGCAUCGAGGGUGUUGCUGCUAGCACUCCGACCAA